UUCCUUCUACUGUUGAGUUCAGCUGAUAGACUCAAGCUCACUUGAUGGGAGCAAAGUGCUUGUCUGUGUUGGUAUGGAGCUGGCUCGUCCUGGCCCUGCUCCUCUGAGGACAUGACUGACCUUGCCCUGGGUGCCCAGAACUUCACACCCGGUGCCCAGAACCAACAAAAAGUUGUGAUUCCCAGACUUGCUUGUAUUCUUCAACUCUCCAGCCUGCAGCACCCGGACCCCUCACUGACAUGUCCCUGGGGCUUUGUCCCUUCCAGAGAACACUGAGGGGCUUAGUGAGUUCCCGUAACUUUUGCAACCUAUCCCUGUGCAGGCAGAAUUUGAGAGAACUCCCUCCAGCUGCACCAUGAAGCUCACCCUGAGCUGCCUUCACUCAGAGAGGCUCUGACUAGAGAUAGUAGGAGAGGCUGGGGGUGUUUUUGAUGAACUCUACAUUGAUGUAGAACUGAGACCAGAGGCUUAACUUCCUGGGGCUGCCGAUGCCAUGUGCUGGAUAAAUGUGGGGGUGUAGGUCCCAAAUGGAAACUGUGGGAAUCCGAGAGGGAGAAGCCUGUACAUCGUGGGUAUCUCUGAAUUCUGCUGGACAAAAGCAAUGUCCUCUUCCCUGCACGGCAUUUAAUUGAGCCCUGCUGUCCGCAUCCGUUCCUGGGGGGCGGUGAGAUGGAAGGGAAAUGUAAAUGAGGAAACAAACAGACCAAAGUGAAAACAGAUCUAGGGGGAUGUUCACGUCCCAUAUAGAGUUGAGGAUUCUGAACCCUCUCCAUCCUCGCUCCCCCACACCCUGCACUGGGCCUAGUUCAUCUCUGCCCUUGACCCGCUGCAGUAACACCCUGCAGUCUGCUUCUCCCAUGUAGCAUGCUCAGAACACUGCUGACAGUUGCCUUCCCCUGUCACUGCUCCAUCAGUGUCACACCCAACUGAGUCUGCACUGGCUUCUCUUCAGAGCUCUCUAUUGCUGCCCUUGUCCCCUCUGCCCAGUCCUGCUCUGCAGUCUCCCAUAAUCAUGUGAAGUGGUGUCCCCGCGUGCGCACACGGCACACUCCGUCCCUCAGAGCUGGUCAGAAAAACAAUAUUUCAGUACAAAAUGGGUUGCGGGGCGAAUUGAGAUGUUUUCAGAGACCAGCCAGCUUCUUUCCUGAUUCUCUCUCUCUCCUGGGGCCCUGCAAUGCAUUCUGAUCACACUCUGUGGUGUCAUACUUACCCAGGAGAUCUUUAGGGCAGAGAGCUCUCUGGCAACUAAGUCUGGAGUUGGAGUCUUCAUCCCAAUUCAGUGUGUGGUCCAACAGCCCUUAGCACAAUCCAGACGUAGCCCCAGUCAGCAGGGCUUGUACGCGGGUUCGCAGCAGCUGGGGUUGCUGUCUUUGGGAUGGAUGGGUCUCUGGGAGGUGUCCUGGGGCAGCAGCUAGCCUGGUGAAAUGGUAGCUCCUGUACUGCUGACUGAGAUGGGCCUUCCUGGGGGGGGUCUGUCACCUCUUCCAAAGGGGCACGUGGGGAGGUUGGUUUCUGACCCAUUGCUCUUUUGGACAAUUUCUCAUUCUUGCUGCUUCGUCUGGGGUCGGUUCCACUCAGGCUUUCUCUGCUGUCAGACACCCUGGAGGUCACCUGCUGGUUCUGCCUUCUCCUCUAGAUGCCUCACUCCAGAAGGUACCACUCGUCGGAGCGCAGCAGCCGAGGCAGCUAUCACGAGCGCUAUAGAAGUCGCAAGCACAAGAGGCGGCGGACGCGGUCCCGGUCAAGCAGCAGUGAGCGUGACCGGCGGCACCGGCGGGAAGACAGUUACCACGUUCGCUCCAGGAGCUAUGACGACCACUCUUCGGACAGGAGAGCCUAUGACAGGCGCUACUGUGACAGCUACAGGCGGAAUGACUACAGCCGUGAACGAGGGGAAGCCUACUACGAAACUGAGUACCGCCACUCUUAUGAGUACCGGCGCUCCCGGGACCAUGACGGCAGCUACCGGAGCUGCAAAAGCAGCCGGCGUAAUAAACACAGGCGGAGACGGCGCCGCAGCCGGUCCUUUAGCUGCUCCUCAUCGCAGCGGAGUCGACAGAGCAGCAGAAGGGCCAAGAGUGUGGAGGACGACGACGAGGGGCAUCUGAUCUAUCGCGUCGGCGACUGGCUACAAGAAAGAUAUGAGAUUAUUAGCACCUUAGGGGAAGGCACGUUUGGCAGAGUGGUGCAGUGUGUGGAUCACCGGAGAGGGGGCGCACGCGUCGCCCUAAAAAUCAUAAAAAACGUGGAGAAAUAUAAAGAGGCUGCUCGGCUGGAGAUUAACGUGCUGGAGAAAAUCAAUGAGAAGGAUCCAGAGAAUAAGAACCUGUGUGUGCAGAUGUUUGACUGGUUCGAUUACCAUGGCCACAUGUGCAUCUCCUUUGAGCUGCUGGGGCUCAGCACCUUUGACUUUCUGAAGGACAACAACUACUUGCCCUACCCCAUCCACCAAGUGCGGCAUAUGGCCUACCAGGUGUGCCAGGCUGUGAAAUUUCUGCAUGACAAUAAACUCACUCACACGGACCUCAAACCCGAGAACAUCCUCUUUGUGAACUCGGAUUAUGAACUCACCUAUAAUCUGGAAAAGAAGCGAGAUGAGCGGAGCGUGAAGAGCACGGCCAUCAGAGUCGUUGAUUUUGGCAGUGCAACGUUUGAUCAUGAGCAUCACAGCACCAUUGUCUCCACCAGGCACUACCGAGCCCCAGAGGUCCUACUGGAACUCGGCUGGACCCAGCCCUGUGACGUGUGGAGCAUCGGCUGUAUUGUCUUCGAGUAUUAUGUGGGCUUCACCCUGUUCCAGACUCAUGACAACCGGGAGCAUCUGGCCAUGAUGGAGAGGAUCCUGGGUCCGAUUCCUUCCCGGAUGAUCCGAAAGACCAGGAAGCAGAAAUAUUUCUACCAUGGUCGCCUGGAUUGGGACGAGAACACCUCUGCAGGCCGCUAUGUCCGGGAGAACUGCAAACCACUGCGGGAUCCUGCUGUGAUGCAGCACAAGCCCAGCGCGGAGUAUGCGACGCUGGAUGUGUACAACCCCUUCGAUAACAGGGGGCCACCCCCUCCCUACCAGCCCCAGCCAGGGGCUCAGCCGACUCCACCAGUCACCAAAGUGCCCCAGCCGCCGGCCUCUGCCAUGCAGCCCCCCAAGAAGCCAAGCCCCCCAGAGUCCAAAAACUACGGCUCCUAUGGAACUCAGGAGUCGACAGCAGCAGCCGCCGCAGCUGAGCUGCUGAAGCGGCAGGAGGAGCUGAACCGGAAGGCGGAGGAGCUGGACAGGCGGGAGCGGGAGCUGCAGAACGCAGCUUUGGGCAAUGCUGCAAUCAGACAAAACAACUGGCCUCCGCUGCCCUCCUUCUGCCCCAUGAAGCCCUGCUUCUACCAGGACAUCCCUGUGGAGAUCCCCACGGAGUUCCAGAAAACAGUCUCCUCCAUGUACUACCUCUGGAUGGCCAGCACCGUGACUCUCUUCCUGAACUUCUUGGCCUCCCUGGCCUGGUUCUGCGUGGAUCCCACAGCUGGUUCGGGCUUUGGCCUCUCUAUCCUCUGGGUUCUCCUCUUCACACCCUGCUCCUUCCUGUGUUGGUACAGGCCAAUGUACAAAGCCUUCCGGAGCGACAGCUCGUUCAACUUCUUUCUGUUCUUUUUCAUCUUCUUCGUCCAGGACAUUCUGUAUGUGCUGCAGGCCAUCGGCAUCCCAGGCUCGGGAUUCAGUGGCUGGAUAGCAAGUCUAACGGUGCUGAGGAAAAACCAGGCUGCUGCUGUGAUCAUGAUCCUGGUGGCCGUGUUCUUCACGGUGGUGGCCGUGCUGGGGAUCAUCAUGCUGAAGAGGAUCCACUCCUUGUACCGCCGGACGGGUGCCAGCUUCCAGAAGGCACAGGAGGAGUUUGCCGCAGGCGUCUUCUCAAACCAGGCGGUGCGCACGGCAGCAGCCAAUGCCGCGACAGGGGCAGCGGGCAGUGCCUUCCGGGCGCAGUAGGGGCAGGCCACGCCCCUGACCCCAUCACUCUCACAUGGGCUAUUUUUAAAGAGAAGGAAACCAAGUUGCACUUUCAUUGGGUCCCUUUGUGUCUGCCUCGGCCAAUCAGAGGCUGCCUCAUCCCAGCUUGGAAGCACGGAUGCCCAAAUACUCUGCUGCUCUAACCACCUCCCUCACGGAUGGGGGCUGCUCGUGUUUGUGCCACCCCUGUGGACAGAGGCUGUGGGGGAAGAGGGAGUUUCCCUUGCGCUCAGGAAGGGGCUCUUUCCCAUUUCAGUUCCCUCUGUGUCCAACACCAGCUGCUUGGGUGGGGUGGGAAUUGUGCAUGUUGCAUUUCCUGGCUCUUCCUGGCCACAGCUGCACUGUUGGCCUGAGAUCCCCAGACCCCUCCCAACCCAUGGAAUUGCUUCCUGCUUCAGCCUGAGAGCCUGCUGCUCCUGUGCAGAGGGAGCUGACUUGUGACCUAACCUCAGCCUCCCCUCUGUCCAUUCAGGGGGUAAGGCCAUGAGGGUGGAGCUGGCUCUGGGCCAGGCAUAGGUGGAGGUUUCUCACUGUACUGCCUUUGAAGUGGGACCUCAUUAUCUGUCAAGGAUGCUCUUCCUCCCCUGGCUGCAGCUGCUGUGCCCUCCCCGUGGGGGUGGCUUGCUGGUUGGCUGUUGGCCCAGUGUGAUAGUGAGGUGAGAAUGGGGAGAAGCUUUGGGGCUGCCACCUAGCACAUAUCACGUGCAGUGAAGGGUAACUUUGGUCCCAAGGAAAUAACCUGGGCCUAUGUCCCCUGCCCUGCAGCUGCCCACUCAGUGCUGUGGCUACAGCCUUUGGCCAGCACUUCCCUUGGGGCCCUAUGGUGAACUCCUUCCUUGCACGAUUAACCAGCGAGAGGCCUGAGCUGCUGCUCUGGGUGUUGGGACUCCUUGUGCCUCUGAGCUGCCUGCCCAGUAGUACCAGGGGGCUGAGCCAAGCCAGGGAUCUAGGUUUACUCUGACACUGGGGAAGUUGCAGAGCCGGCACCAUAGCCCUGGCUUCCCUGUCCCCACUUGUGGGGGAGACACUAUGGACCUUGCAUACCCUGGCUGGGCUAAUGUAGCAGCAUUGUUCUUCGCAUGAUUCUUCAGUGCCCCGGGGCAGCAGCUGGAGGAGAUCCUGCUCCUAGCUUUCCCCAGGGAUCCCCACAUCUCUGCUCCAUAGGGCCCCGUGCCCUACUCUUCUGGCUCUGUGUUCUCUCCCAGCACCUGCGUAGUGCCUCCUCCCCCCCCCCCCCUCUAUGUUGCAGGGGUCAGCUGGCUGGUAGCAUUGGAUCACAGGCUGCCCCGAGGAAGCCGAACAAUGGAGAGGGAGGUGGGGGCAGAGCUGGGCUUGUGGCUGGGGCAGGCACAGCUCUCCAUUCCCACCCUGGGAGCUGGGUUUUGUUGGCUUGAAACAGCUCUAAUGUUCUGGCUGCUCCCUCGUGCCAUCUCUCCAGGCUCCACUGCUAGCUAAAAGCCACUUAACUGCUGUAGUGGUGGUCACCCCCCUCCCAUCCUGCCAGUGUGCUGGGGCAGCAAGCAAGGCUCUCCCUGGCUCCAAGGUGGAGGCAUUGGCCCCUUUCCCUCAGGGGGAGGGGGUGAGUCCAGGACUGAAGGGUGGGGGCUGGGUGCAGAAUAGGUUGCACUGUUGGUUUGAAUUCUUGCCUUGGCUGGGGCUGGCCAUUAUGGCAGAAGCAAUUAACUUAAUCUGCAGCCGGGGAGACUUAGAGAAAUAUGGUUAGUGUCUAAUCAAACUGGAAGGGUGGUUGAGGUUGGGGAAUCCCUAUCACUGGAGUUUUUUAAGAACAGGUUGAACAAACGCCUGUCAGGGGAUCUAGGUUUACGUGACCCUGCCUCAGGGGAAGGGGGAGAUGGAUGGGACUUGCCCUCAAAUGGUGCCUUCCAGCACUACAUUUGUGAUUCCCUGCAGUGCAGCAGCCUGGCCUCAGCACUCCCUGGGUUCCCUGGAGUUGUAACUCAGCCACUGGCAGCUGUAGGAAGGGCAGGGAUAUGUUUCCUUUUGCCUCCCUUCUGUCUCUGGAGUGGUGGGGCUGGGUGCCUAGGGACCUGUGCUGUCAGGGGGUGUACGAGGCUGAGGGUGACUGCUGGCAUGAAGACUUUCCACACUACAGGUCACAAUUCACCUGCCCCAGAGCUUUGGUGAAUUUUUUUUUCAUGUGCCAAAUGCAAAGUCAGCUUUGAUUUUAUUUAAAAUAAUAAAGUUUAACUCCUUG